GAACAAGCUGUGAAAAGUUGGGAAUUUCCUGGAGACGAGUUUGUCACCUAUAAGUUCGUAUAUUAAAUAUCUUUUUGCAAGGUUUUCUUUAUGAAGUACUGGUGUUUUUUAUCUUUUCAUAAAUAGUACAAACACAACAAAAUUGCACAAGCCAUAGGGCAAGUGCAAUUUGCAGUCUUCGAAAAAUUUACAAGUGCUUAUUUAAACCAAACUGCAUGAAAAAUUAUGUUUUUACCUGUUUGUAAUUUACAAGAAAAAAGCAUCACAGAAGGUCCAGUCAGGUGAAAAAUUUGACAAUGCACAUGCUAUUUUUACUUUGCAUUCAUGUUACCAGAAAAAUACUCCUGUUUUCAGCUAAUGAGAUUUGAGUAAUUGUAUGUACAUUAUUACUGAUCAAAAAUUUAUCCUUACAGUCUCCUCUGAGAGGUGCUAGCUCAAACACUGUUGACAUUUUUGUACAGUAAAUAUUACAAUUGUUAUCCUUUUCCCAUUUUCUGUUAGGUCGUUCAGAUCUUUUGUCCCACUCCUCCUGUGCGCUAUGCCUGCUGUACAGAUGUGGGCCUCAUGGGCAAUCAUACAUAUCUACACCAGUAA